AUGGAGUGUAUUUCUAUUCUUAGCUGGAAUAUCAGGGGGAUUGGGAAAAAGCCUAAUAGAGAUAACCUGAAAAAGAUAAUCCAAGGUAGUCGACCGUCAAUUGUUUGUCUUCAAGAGACUAAGAAAGAAUCUAAGGAAGCAGCGGUGAGGAGAUCUUUGGGUGCGUGGAAUGUUAAUUGCUGGUUGGAAAUUCCCCCACAAGGGUUGUCUGGAGGAUUAAUAAUUUUUUGGGAUGAUGAUUUGAUCAAGUUGGAAACAUCUUCAGGGAACAAAAAUUGGUUAGCUCUAGUAGGUCAGGUGUCCAGUUCAGGACAAAAAUUUAUAUGUAUAAAUGUAUAUGGUCCUCAAAGCUCCACGGAAAAAAGAAGCUUAUGGUCAAAUCUGGGAGAUUUAAUUUCCAUGCACGAGGAUAAAGCGAUUUGUUUGGUUGGAGAUUUCAAUUGUGUAAGAGGAGCAGAAGACCGAAAGAAUUGUGAUUACAGGAGUUCUGACUCAAAGUAUUUCAACAAAUUUAUUGCGGAAAAUGAGUUAUUUGAUGUCUUGAUGGUUGGAUCGAACUUUACUUGGUGUGGUCCAAAUACGAGGCAGAGCAAACUUGAUCGUGCGCUAGUAAAUUGGGAGAUGUACUCCAAGGGUGACUGGAAAGUUAAGGUGCUGGGUAGAUUGAACUCGGAUCACAGAGCUAUUCUCCUUUAUCUGUUUGAAGAUAAUUGGGGUGCCAAACCAUUCAAAGUAUUUAAUUGUUGGUUGAAAGACAAAGAGCUUUUACUUAGAAUUAAGGAUGUUUGGAAGUCGAAAGGUGAUGGAAACUAUUUCCAGAAAAUACGGCAUGUCAGGAAAUGGCUCUCUACGUGGAAUAAAGAAGAAAAUGGCAACAUUGAUGAUCGGAUUAAGAUGAUGGAAGUGGAACAAUUUCAAGCAGAUGAACAAGGGAAUGAAAGUAGGAACAAGUUUCUGAAUAUAGAAUUGGAGAAACUAUAUGACCAGAGGGCUCAGAUUUGGCAGCAUAAAGCGAGGAUAAAUUGGAAUAUCGACGGAGAUAGGAACACUAAGUUCUUUCACAAUAUCAUGCGGUAUAAAUGGUCCAAAAACAGGAUAAAUGGCAUUCAGGGUUUGGAUGGUAGUUGGAUAGAUAAUCCAGGUCAGGUGAAAAAUGAAUUAUACCGCUACUUCAAGGAAUUCUUUGAAGAAAAGCAUCCGAACAGCAUUUUUUCGUUGGGCUGCUUGAUGGAGCGCAAGCUAUCUAAUCAUGAAUCAGUUAAGAUGAUAGAAGAAGUUACUAUGGGGGAGUUGGAGUUACUAUGUGGGAUUGGAUCAAGGACCCCUAAAGAAUUUAGGCCGAUCAGUCUGAUUAAUGCUAGCAUGAAGCUUGUCACAAAACUUCUAGCUAUUAGACUUAAAAGGGUUAUGAGCAAUCUGAUCUCGGAGGUACAAAGUGGAUUUAUGCAUGGUCGUCAAAUUUCGGAUGGUAUUCUGUUAGUAAGUGAAAUUAUUGGGAGCUUGAAGCGAAAUAGGUGUCAGGGGGUAAUUAUAAAGUUAGAUUUUGAAAAGGCGUUUGAUUCGGUGAAUUGGAAUUUCUUAAUUCACCUUCUUAAAAAGUUAAAUUUUCAAGACAAAUGGGUUAAAUGGAUUGAAGCAAUUUUGAAGACAUGUCGUAUUUCAGUUCUAGUAAAUGGGUCGCCUACAAAGGAGUUCACCCCAGAAAGAGGGCUUCGUCAGGGGGAUCCCCUCUCUCCUCUUUUGUUUAAUCUUGUAGGAGAGGUUUUACAUUGUAUGUUGGUAAAAGCUGAAGAAGCGGGAGUAUUCCAGGGCAUCCGAUUGGGAAAUGAGGGAGGUACUGUGUCGCAUCUUCAAUAUGCGGAUGACACAGUAAUAUUUGUGGAAAAUAAUAUUGAGGCUAUAAAAGGUGUGAAGAGAGUGCUGCAAGGUUUUGAAAUCCUUUCAGGUUUGAAAAUAAAUUACUCCAAAAGCAAGCUGUAUGGAUUCAACAAUAGCAAAGAAGAAAUUCAGGAGUGGUCAGCCGCUAUUGGCUGCUUUCCAGGAGAGGAUUCUUUUCAAUAUCUGGGUCUUGAGCUGGCUAAGUCUCCUAAAAGGGUUCAAUUUUGGGAUCCAUUGUUGGAUAAAACUAAGAAGAAGCUAGCUGGAUGGAAAGGUAGAUCAGUUUCAUUAGCUGGUAGAGUGGUUUUACUUCAAGCGGCGCUAGAUAGUUUGCCUAUUUACUGGUUUAAUAUGUUUUUAAUGCCCAAGACUGUAGUCAGUAAAUUGGAAAAAAUUCGAAGAAAUUUUUUCUGGGGGUGCAAAGAAAGUAAUGGCCAAGAACAAAGUAAAAUGCAUCUAAUUGCUUGGGAAAAGAUUUGUCGACCAAAAGCUGAAGGUGGAGUGGGAAUUGCUAAAAUAAGGGAGAGGAAUAUUUCUAUGAUAGGAAAGUGGUGGUGGAGGUGUAUUAAUGAGAGAAAUAAGUUCUGGAAUGUCACGCUUCAGAGUAAAUAUGGGAGCAUUUUGGGGUAUGAUCCGUGGAAUAUAAAGUUGGAUGGAACUUCGAGCUAUACUUUAAACAGCUUACAUAAAAUCAAGCAGUCAGGUUGGGAUAAGAAUCUGCUAGCUAAUUAA